UCAUGUUUGCUUGAAUAAUGUCGUCUGAUAUUGAAAUCCAACACUUACAGCUUUCGCAAGCAGUCGAGCGGGUGACAACGAUUGUGUUAAAAAUCACGGCCGCACAUGAAAGGCACGGCUAAAACCGGAGAUAUUGUAUCAGCACAUCUGAGACCAGAAAAAAACGACAGUCCAGAGAGUGGCGAUGCCGAAAGGGGCUAGGACGACCAAAUGAGUUCACUAAUGGUAUUAGGAAACAGGAGACCGCUUUGAAGUUCUGGGUGCCAGUACUCGAUUCGCCGCACAAGGAUCGUAUUCGAAAAAACGUGGUUUGUUAGAAAACGUGUCGCCUACAGCCUUUCCGUUCGCACGGAGUUUCAGGAGAGUCCACCUAGACUGAGUCACCUGGAGGCGCGAAUGUCGGUUUAAUGUUGGCAUAGAUCCACUCCGAUAUUAAGAAAUGAGACAAUAGCUAAUCUCCAUAGAAGAUGUAUCUCGCUUGUGGAGUAGCACCAUCUAGAUUGAUCAAGGUCAUACUAUAUACCAAAACAGUUGCCAAUCCGCAGACAAGAUUUCAAGACAUGCCUUGUUGAGUAAUCAGCACUUGGGUGUUCAACGCCCGAAUCUCCCAGAGCAACCCUAAAUCAAUUAGGGGAGAGAUAACUUGUAGCAACGACUAGCGUUCGAUGGAAUUUCUUUCAACUCGGCGCCAUCUGCUAUGAAACACCAUUUAGGAGUGACACAAAUAGGCAGCUGUGUUUCGAAGGAGCAUGAGCAACGCCACACACUUUGUUUUUUUUCCGCUGAGCAAAUGGGGCCUUCCUCACUCCUCGGAAGUGCAGCACUCUUUUGCAAACGCAGCAGCUUGCCGUACGGGUAAUUCAAUACGUUUUUCGUAACCAGAGUGAAACCUCUCAGGGACGCAGCCUCACAGCAGCUGCCACAUGGCUCAUCAUCUUUUGCCGUCGACAUCGGUUGGCCUCAUUGAUUGAGAACCUUCACCUUAUUCUAGCGUACAAAACCUCUCACUGCACCGUCAGAUUCGCUUUCAUCGCUGACGACGGAGGACCACCGAUUUGUUGGUCGCGGCUUGGUUGGCUCGGUCUUGCAUAAACCUGACUACGGUUGUGAGCCCAAACAUUUAGAGGCGCCAAGAAUGCUUCUUUUCACAACCACGAUUGCUAGCCUUGUGAAAUUAUCCCUCUCUCCUUCGCUAUUUACUCUGCUGGUUCAGUGUUCCGGGCAGCGUCUAGGCGUUGCGGCCGACUCUGCUCGUAGCAGAAAAAUGAGAAUCGGGGUCAAAAGUUCCUGAUGGUACACACUGUAGCGCGCAAGGGUGGUCGAUCAUUUCUCACCCAUUUGCAAUCACGCUUCCGCCUACCAUUCGGAUAGGCGUCUUCAAAACUUUAUAUACUCUUUGAAUCUCAGCAAUCGUACAAUUCAUACAGUGAAUCAGCAAGCCCCCUAGUCUCAGACCAGAGUUCCUUUUUGUAAGACUACGAAGAUGCCUGUUUCUGCUAUAGAGGGAACACCUCCCUCGAACAUGUGUUCUGUCAUGAGGCCAAAGCGUGGCUCGCCCGCUGGCUCCCGAUACCAAGACGAUGACUUACUACGGCCUGCAAAAAGCUUCCGCUACCCCUCUCUCUGCUAGAGCAAACAGCUAUGGUGCUCUCAAGUGGCUGGCGUGCUCCGAUGCGCUGUUGUCAGCCAGUGCUUGCGUCCCCUAACGUGAGUGUCUCUGACCACCGGGCGCUUGUUCCCUCCUUCCUCGGCCGGGUCGACGAAGAGGAACUCAACUUGGAGUGGAAGACCGCAACAAACGACCGCGUCGCGUGUAAAGGUAAGACACGUGACAACACGGUCUGCCACCAAGCAAUGCAUUUAGGGGACACCUGCGCGACGCCGACUGCGGCAACCGAGGACUUCGGCUCGGAGUGUGAUUGGACUGCCGACGACGCAGCAGUUGUUCCGUCGUUCUGGAGCGAUGUCCACGACGAAGCACUGAUUCUCCAAUCAACGAGCGCCGCCACCGACCCCCUCGCGUGUAGAAGCACAGGCUGUGAAAGCGCGCUCUGAUGUAGCCCUUUGCUGCUCCCGGAUCUCCUUUCCACAGAGACGAGUGGUGAGAUCGACUGGGAAUUCCCUAUGAUUCCCUACGAACCGGUGGUCCUUUCCUCCUCGGUCAGUCGAAUCGACGAAGGAGAGCUCUGUACGGAGACGGAGAGCAUGUGCAGUUGUAGACUACCGUGUAUACGCGCACCGCCAGACGCGACUACCCUUGAAAACGGAGCGCAUGAUACACGAUAUCUCUGUUGGUUGCCGACUGCGAGAAGCGAGGAGUUCGAGACUCGGAGUCGGAGAACGCCGAUUGCGAAGCAGCAGUUGUUCCCUGGUCCUUCAGUCAAACCAACGAACAGAGGCUUUCCACAACGAUGACUAUCCCUAGAGACCAC